UGCUUAGAGUAAUUUUUUUUUUAUUCCAUCGAUGGGAGAGAAUCAUUUAUACUUGGUGAAACAGAGACUACUUUCACACUGAGCAUCAACUAUGGCUUUCAGUAACCGGUAUGGGGUGAUUUUUGCCUGCACCUGUGGAGUGAUCCUGGGCGUGGGCUUCGGUGCCAACCUGCUUGUGUUCUCCCUCUUUGCUAAGCACAACAGUGUGCGCAAGAACCGUCUGGACGCGCUCCUCCUCAGCAUGGCCCUGGCAGACUUCUUCAGUCUGCUCCUCAUCCCCUUCACCCUGCACUCAGCCGUCAGCUUCUCCUGGCCGCUGGGAGAUAUGUCCUGCAAGAUCUACCAGUUCCUGCUGGCUUUCACCCUAGCCGCCAGCACCUACUCGCUAUGUGCUGUCUCAAUGGCCCGAGUCAUGAUCAUUACCAACCCUUACCACCCACCCACCACAGAUCUGGUGGUGCUGAUGCUCGUCAUGGCCUGGGCUUUGAGCUUCUUCAUCAGUUUGCCAUUGCGCAUUUUUGCCACUAAGGAGAGCCUGGGGACUGGGCUGACCAACUUUACCUUCUGCCUGCCCACCAUCCAGGAGCACCAUUAUCAGGUGAUACUAAGCCAAUUCGUGCUCUAUUACUUCAUACCAAUGCUGGUAAUAGCAGCCAACUAUGUGCGUCUCGCUAUAUUCCUCCACAAAAGCCCCAUAAUGUCCACAGUCAGCACCAGGAACACACGGAGAGCUUCCCUAAUGGUGUUCCUUGCUGCUGGGACAUUUUCUGUGUGCUGGCUGCCAGGUUAUAUCCUGGAGCUGUGCUUAUAUCUGGGCCUCUAUAAACACGGCCAAUCCUGGGAGAUGUUCUACUUCACCUGCACUGUGCUCCAGUACCUGCAUCCGUGUGUUAACCCUGUUCUGUAUGUGCUUCUGUCCAAGCGUUACCGCAGCAAUCGGGGAGUGUGGAUCUUUCACUGUGCCCGCAACAGGGUGCACCCUCAGGUCACCAGCAUGACUGAGAGCUUUUGA